UUGUCAAAAGAGUGGUAAUUUCAAAUUUUUUGGUGUUGUAUAAAUAUACAGCGGUGUGGUGUUUUUGUUGUGUUAGUGAUAUAAUGGAAUUGAAAUCCGCUAAGAAAAGGGCCCGAUCUUCAAACUGGGAUGAAGAAGAAAAGAGAAUCUUAAGACAACUUAUAAUGGAGAAAAUUGAUAUUAUAGAAAAAAAAGACACUACUACAAAUACCAAUGCAAAGAAAAAAGCUGCUUGGCAAGAAAUAUUGUCUAGUUUUAAUAGCCUUAAUAAAAAGCCCAGGGAUAUGACACAAAUUGUCACCCAGUGGCGUAAUACAAAAGGCCAAGUUAAAACUAGAGAGUCGGAGUAUAGGCGGGCCAGGCAGAUGACUGGCGGAGGACCUCCACCACCAAGUCCGCCACAAGAAGAUCUCGAACUAAUUCAGUCAUUGCCUAAUGAGUUUGUGAUUGACAGUAAUGUUUUUGAUAGUGAUAGCAUAUUUAUUGAAACAAUAAAACAGUCACAGUCAACAGCAACUGAAAAGAUGAUGUCAGAAUCUGGGUUAGCCCCCACAGAAAUAGCAAUUAUUGUAGAUUCUGAGAAAUCAACUCAGUUAUCUAAUACUCCUGAUGUGGAAGAAAAUCCAAUUUUAUCAACACCACUAGCAGCAACAAAAGUAGAGAAACACACAAUAAAAAGGGAAUUAUAUAAGCCUAAACACAAACCUAAACAAAAUAACAAGAUUGCUGAUAAUUAUGAGGAACAAUUGUUCCUACUCACAAAAAAGUGCAAAGAAAAUAAAGAAAAACGGGAGGAUGAAUUGCAUAAGAAGAGAAUGGCAAUUUUGGAUCUAGAACAAAAAUAUUGGGAAAAAAAUUAA